UAAAUCAGUGUUGAGAAAAAAUGGUUUUUCACUCAUUUACCACUGAAUCUUCACUGUUCGUGUGAUCUAUAUUAACAGUGCGUGACUUUAGAUGUUUCGUUAUUCGGAGGAGUUCCGGUGUUUGGUUUGCAAAUGAUGUUUUCCGCUGAGAAAUGUGCGGAGCAGAGCACGGGUACUUCGGAGGGAGCCGAGCUUCUCGCCGGUGUCAGCGAAGGGCCAGGAAAGGAAGGAGUGCCCCCUGACGAAGUGGCCUCCGCAGUGGCUUCGGUGUCACAAGAGAUCGGCGAUAUCCUGAAGGAUGAGUUGGGUGACGCUGAUAGGGCUGAUCGGAUCGGCGCGGAGCUCGAGAACCUGAGUGCUGAACUCGGGAUGCUUGCGGGGUUGGCAGACCACGAACCUCAGCAGGAUUUCCCAUCGCUCUUCGAGAUCGCGAUGGGGAGCCAUACCCACAGCCACCGCGUGUCCGGCAGCGGGACGUCCUCGUCCUCCUCGUGGUCGGGCAGCGCGCGACGCCCGGCGCGCCCGCAGAGGACCAAGCGGCGUCCCAUCGCCAAGGGCAAGGAGAUAUCCCGUCGUCGCAGCGCGGCUGCGCGGCGAGCCGCCUCGCUGCGCGUGCGUCGUGUCGAGGUCGUGUCGGACGCGUCGGACGUCGGCGCCGAAUCGGACGACUCGGAGGGGCAGUGGACCGAGCUCGAGGAUGCUUGUUCAUCUGACUGUUCGUCGUCGAAGCGCGUCGCCGAGGAGGCGGCGUGCAACGGCUACCAGGAAGAACAGGCGGAACCGGAGCCCCCGGCCAUGGGGCAGUUCCUGCUGCCGCUGCUGAGCGCCGAGCCGGCCCCGGAGCCCGAGCGGGCGCUGCUCAUCCGCCACGAGGAUAUCCUGCAGGCUGUCAGGCUGGCACCAUUGCAUCUCCUGACUUCGAACGACGACGUUGUGCCGAACGACGCGCCUCUAGAGGACGAGGCGCCCAUCGAGCAGACUGACUCGUUAUCCGAGGAGUAUGACUAUGAGGAGCCUCCAGUAACGCCCGAGGAAGAGGCUGCUUUGCUGCAUUAUGUCUGUGAAGCGGAGCGGCUGGCAUGUUCUCAGGAGCCGGAGCAGUUCACCGCCGUGGAGGAGUGGCUGCUCGGCGUGUACCACGCCUGGUGCGAGAUCAGCGCGCUCAUGUACACGCUCAUAGGGGCCAACAUGAGUGUGGAGAUGGUCCGCGAGGAUUGGGUGUACCGCGCCCGCUUCGGCUGCCACUGCCGCCUGUGCCUGUGCCUCGCCAACAACGCGGAGGCGCUGGCCAGGGUGCUCCGCCCCCUGCUCACGGCGCUCGCGAGAGGGAGCGAGACGAUACCAACGGCGGUGGCCCUCAUGCGUGCUCUGUCGCUCUCGUCGGCAGCGGAGCCGUGUCGCUACGCAGCGUGGCAGCUGGCGCGGCUCAAGCGGCACGCCGUGCACGAGACAGCGAGACUACCAACGGCGGUGGCCCUCAUGCGUGCUCUGUCGCUCUCGUGGGCAGCGGAGCCGUGUCGCUACGCAGCGUGGCAGCUGGCGCGGCUCAAGCGGCACGCCGUGCACGAGACAGGUCUUGCCAUAAUACACGAGCACCUGCUGCGGCUGGAGGCGGAGAGCGACUUGACGCGCGACAUCGUCAACAAAGUGUGCCUGUGUCGACCCGUCGAGGAGCCGCUGCAGAAAGAAAACGCUAUGGAGAGGUUGUUCAAGAUCUUGGAGAACUUUAAGGCUGCUUCUACAAUCACAUUUAAGGUGGACAUAGUGCCGCCCUCGGACAGCGGCGCGGGCUGCGCGUGGGCGGGCAUGUGGCGCGCGCGCCUCGCGCGGUACCUCGCGCCCUUCCAGCGCUGCUCCACCGCGGCCCGCCUGCGCGACAUGAUGUCGCGACCCGCCACCCGCGACCUGAGCGCGUGGUCGGGCUACCAGCACCGCUGCGACUGCCUGACGCCGCGGACGGUGUGCGCGCAACAACGGAAACUGCUUUUGAGGAUCUCCUUCUUCGGCAUGAUGCAAGCGGUGAACGAGUUCAACAGCAGCAAGGAGCACGCGGCGCCCAUAGAGCCCGCGGGAGGGGAGCUGCAGCAGGGGGACGGGACGGGGGCCAAGUAUGUAUACAAACACGUGCAGGGUCGCCAUGUGAGUGAACGAGACAACAGCAGCAAGGAGCACGCGGCGCUCAUAGAGCCCGCGGGAGGGGAGCUGCAGCAGGGGGACGGGACGGGGGCCAAGUAUGUAUACAAACACGUGCAGGGUCGCCAUGUGAGUGAACGAGACAACAGCAGCAAGGAGCACGCGGCGCCCAUAGAGCCCGCGGGAGGGGAGCUGCAGCAGGGGGACGGGACGGGGGCCAAGUAUGUAUACAAACACGUGCAGGGUCGCCAUGUGAGUGAACGAGACAACAGCAGCAAGGAGCACGCGGCGCUCAUAGAGCCCGCGGGAGGGGAGCUGCAGCAGGGGGACGGGACGGGGGCCAAGUAUGUAUACAAACACGUGCAGGGUCGCCAUGUGAGUGAACGAGACAACAGCAGCAAGGAGCACGCGGCGCCCAUAGAGCCCGCGGGAGGGGAGCUGCAGCAGGGGGACGGGACGGGGGCCAAGUAUGUAUACAAACACGUGCAGGGUCGCCAUGUGAGUGAACGAGACAACAGCAGCAAGGAGCACGCGGCGCCCAUAGAGCCCGCGGGAGGGGAGCUGCAGCAGGGGGACGGGACGGGGGCCAAGUAUGUAUACAAACACGUGCAGGGUCGCCAUGUGAGUGAACGAGACAACAGCAGCAAGGAGCACGCGGCGCCCAUAGAGCCCGCGGGAGGGGAGCUGCAGCAGGGGGACGGGACGGGGGCCAAGUAUGUAUACAAACACGUGCAGGGUCGCCAUGUGAGUGAACGAGACAACAGCAGCAAGGAGCACGCGGCGCCCAUAGAGCCCGCGGGAGGGGAGCUGCAGCAGGGGGACGGGACGGGGGCCAAGUAUGUAUACAAACACGUGCAGGGUCGCCAUGUGAGUGAACGAGACAACAGCAGCAAGGAGCACGCGGCGCCCAUAGAGCCCGCGGGAGGGGAGCUGCAGCAGGGGGACGGGACGGGGGCCAAGUAUGUAUACAAACACGUGCAGGGUCGCCAUGUGAGUGAACGAGACAACAGCAGCAAGGAGCACGCGGCGCCCAUAGAGCCCGCGGGAGGGGAGCUGCAGCAGGGGGACGGGACGGGGGCCAAGUAUGUAUACAAACACGUGCAGGGUCGCCAUGUGAGUGAACGAGACAACAGCAGCAAGGAGCACGCGGCGCCCAUAGAGCCCGCGGGAGGGGAGCUGCAGCAGGGGGACGGGACGGGGGCCAAGUAUGUAUACAAACACGUGCAGGGUCGCCAUGUGAGUGAACGAGACAACAGCAGCAAGGAGCACGCGGCGCCCAUAGAGCCCGCGGGAGGGGAGCUACAGCAGGGGGACGGGACGGGGGCCAAGCCUCCAGACACGGAGGGGCAGCCGGCGACACAAGGCGAGGGAGCGAGAGAGCAGGAAGAGCAGGACAGCGACAAGUCCACCGGCGACUUGGACGACUUAUCGGAGUCUGACGGCGGUUCGGGCUCGCUAGGCCUCUCCAGUUCAUCCCUGGACUCGGCCUCGGAGCUGCUGCUCGCGGCCGCGGCAGCCGUGGAGUCCGGCUCGGAGGACGCGGCGCCCGGCUCGCUGUGCCGCACCGUGCGCCAUCUCAUGCGCUCCAUCGCGUCGAUAGAGAGGUUGAUGGACAGGGUGCUCCAGCAUUGCGACGAGUGGCCCGCCGCGCAGCACUGCCGCCGCGGCGAGGAGCCGCCCGACGACCGCAAUGCUAGGAAAAAGGUGGACAUGGGCCUAUCAGAGGUGGACCGGAAGUUGAUGGCGAUGUACCGACGGCUACCGGAAGUCCAUCGCCGGCAGCUGCAGGUCUACCGGAAGCAGAAGAAACUGUCCACGGUGUGCAUGCAGCUGGUGGGCGGGCGCGCGCCGGCGCCGCCGCCGCCCGGCUCGCCGCCGCCCGCGCCCGCGCACGCCGCGUGCCGCGCGCUCUGCCCCGAGUACCACCUGCAGCGGUUCAAGGAGGUCAGACGCAAAGUGAUGCACAUGAGGGACCAGCAACUCUACUACCAUAGGCUAAGAAUGUGGCUAGAGGAGCAGCUGCGGAACGAGCGCGAGAGGGAACGGGACAGUAUGCCAGAAAGCAACGUGACCCUAGUAGACGACAUACCCCGCCGCAAGCGUCGAAGCAGCAGCCCCAAGCACCGCCUGGGCGCCGCGCCCAAACGGAAACUCGCGCCCCCCUCCCGCCCGCACCGCAUCCUGCAAAUGCUCAAACACAAGGCGCCCGCGCAACUACUCAAGCUCAAAGACGACGACAAGCCUGAGGUUGAACCGCCAGAGGCAUUCCCUCUAGAGAAGGAGGACAACGUAAGCGACACCGAGACGAUAGUCGGUGAGAAAGAGACGGAGCUAUGCAAAGAAAUGAAAGAGUGCCUCGUGAAGUUCGCAAGCUUCGCGCUGAACAGCCUCGACAAAGGUCUGCAGGACCAUGAGCAGGACUCGGUCAGCCCGCCGUUACAGGAAAUGUCUCCAACAACUUCAGAGCCCAUGCCCGUCUACACUCCCAAACCGAGCCAGAGGUUACUCCAGGUCAACAAGUUCCUCCCCCGCGACGACAACGUCGAUUUCCAGUCGCAAAUCGCACCAGAAGUCUUAAACGUACCCCUAAACGCGAGGCGGACGCCCGUCUUAGUCGAAGAAGAAGAAAAAUGCAUCAAAGUCGACGAAAAAGACCCGAAUGUCUACAAAUAUGUUACCUUCGGUUUAGAAAUCAAAAAAGCUAUGGAAGAAUGUCAGAAUAUCAUCAAUUCAUACAACAGUAUUAAUAAAGAAGAGGGGAAAGAGGAGCAAGACGGGCCGCUUUCUUUAGAACAAAUAUGCGAAGUCAUGAUGAGCUUGGACAAGAAUUCAGCUGAGUUCCUAGAGAAAAUGGACUCGGAUGAACCUAUAGAUAUUAACACAGCUAAUACUAAACUAGUUGAACUAGUAGAAAACAUGCCACAAAUACUAGCGAACAUGCCCGAGAUAGCGUCCAAACUUUCAGAAUUCGCUAACGCCUCUUUCGAACUCCCCGAAUUCGCUUCAAUCAUGAACAGCCUACCUGAAGUUAAUAAUGAAGCCCAACUAACCCCCGAAACCUUAAGACAGAUAAGAGAACUAAAGUUAAAUAAGAAUAAGGAUAGCGUUAAGGUAACUAAAAACACUGCCAAACGUAAAACAAGGAAAAUUAAGAGUAAUCUAGAUCACGACGAUAUCAUAGGCACUAUGACUCUAGAAUUCGACAGUCAGGACAUAACUGAGCUGCUAAAAGACGAAAAAGACCUACAAGCUGUAAUGAAAAAUAAGAAUAAUAAGGAAGAUUUCAAAAUCUCCGAUCUGCUCUUCUCUAUAUCAGCUCAAGUAGUUAUUAACAAAGUGUUCGAAUAUUUAAAACAAAACAAAAGUCCUGAGCUAGCCAAGUGUCUUGAAGAUGAUAUAAAUAAGGACAUAUUUAAUACGCAAAAGAAUAGCAUUAAUUCUGAAAUGUAUUUGAAGGCAUCAACGUUAUUUGACAAUUUCGUAAAAGACGCCCUGAGCAUGGACGAGUUAAGAGAAUUAGUAAAAGACAGGUUUAACUCGAUGAAGCACUAUGUAGCCACGAAAUUCAAAGGUAUACCUGUGGAGUUACUAGAAAACGAGAUAGAAGCCAUGCUCGAGAAAUUUUAUACUUAUAUACAAGAUUUAGCUGGCAAACAGAACGCCACUGAUAGUGAUAAAAUUAUAGAAAAGAUAGAAGAGUUAAAUAAAAACUCCCAAUCCGAAAGCGAUAGCGAAAGCUGCCCGGCCUCUAAGGAAUCUUUAAAACAAAUUUCAAAACUUCUAAGCACCUCUGCGGGAAACACUUUCGACCUGCUGAUAAUGAAACUAUCUAAAAUGUCUCAAGACAAGAAGACUUCAGUUAAAAGUCUGAAAUUUAAAUAUAUAGAUGUUAUUAAAAGGUGCGCGGAUUCUGUCCAACUAACUGGGUGGAUUCUACUCAAUCCGGAAAUAGCUAGUAAUGUCAUAGAAGAAUUGACUGGAAUACCAGGUAAGAAUACAGAAAACGUGCCAGAUUUUCUUACCAUGCCUGACGAAGAAAAGAAAGAAUACUUCUUAGAGCGUUUAAAAGAUAUGAAUAAGUGUUACAUGGACACAUUGCCUAAAGACGUGCUAACAGGCGACGAGUGGCUAGUAAUGUUAUAUAGACUUGAAAAACUAGAAGGUAAGAUUAAGGAAUCUUUUACUAAAUUAACUUUACCUAAAAGCCCGGCUUUACAUGCAAGCGAAGCUGAAAUACUAGCUGCUAAAGGUCUAAGCAAAAUCAUAGGUAAGGCGAGGGUAGUGAAAAAACCGGAACCUAAAGUUAAAAAGGAAGAGAAAAUCGAAUUGAAAGAGACAGAAGAAGAUAAGAAAUCUAAAAACGAAGCGUUGCUAGCGAAAUGCGAAGCGAUAUUAACGUCUAAAGGGGAGAAAUCAUUGUUAGACAGUUUUUAUACGAUAAAAUCAUAUAUCACUCAAGGGUUACCUGUCCCGGAAUCAUAUAAAAAGCAUGUAAUUUCUAUAUGCUCGAGCAUAGAUGCGAAAUUACUAGACGACGAUAUACAAGAAACUUUGAAACUUGAUGAAGAAACUGAAGAUAAAGAUAAGACGAAUCUAUCUGUAAUAGGUUCUCAAAACCCUGAACUGCUAGCGAAAUAUUCAGCUCAAGCUUUACGAAACGCCAAGCAAACAUUAAAUGCUGUAGCGUUUAGAAAUAUGAUGCGAAACGGACAAACGAAAUCGGAAUCGGACGCCUGCGACACUCCGAAAUCUGACUGCAAAUGGACGAACGAUUGUAUUUGCAAUUCUUGCAAAGACAACGAUAACGUGUGUUUAGGGGACAUUGUGAAGCAGUGUUAUGACGAUGGCAAGAGCAAGACGGGGCUAGAAGAGAAGAAGAAGGAGGUGAAAGUGGCUAAACCGGCGGUGAAGCCGGCGGUCAAGCCGAAGGUGUGCGAGAACGCGUCGCAUCAGCAGCAUGUCUGUAAAGUCGGGCACUCGAACGGCACGAGCGCGUGCGCGGGCGACGGCGCCGCCGACCAGCCCUGCACGUGCUGCUACUGCACCGUGUUCGGACACGCGCCGCCUCUCACGACGCCGGUGCCGCGAAACUUCAACGAGACCCGGGAGCGUUUGCGCUCCAUACUCAACAAGAAGAAGCAGAAAUGCCGGACGACUAACGGUUCGGCGUCGCCGGUGGCAGUGAAGCCCGUGGCCGCCAAGCCGGUGGCAGCGAAGCCGGUGGCGGCGCCCGAGGCGCCCAAGCCCAAGCCGGUGCCCGCGCCACCCACUCCUAAGCCGCCAUUCGUGUUCCAGGCGCUACCCAAAACCCUCCCCCCGGCGGGCCCGCCGCUCACCGCCGCGCAGACGCACGCGCAGCUCAAGCGGCAGGGCGAGCGCCAACCGGACAAGAUGGCUGCCGUGCUCGACAAAAUGGCCGACAUGAGCGUCAGCGACGACAAGCCCAAAGUGAGUACAAGUGUGCGUCAGCAGCUCAAGCGGCAGGGCGAGCGCCAAUCGGACAAGAUGGCUGCCGUGCUCGACAAAAUGGCCGACAUGAGCGUCAGCGACGACGAGCCCAAAGUGAGUACAAGUGUGCGUCAGCAGCUCAAGCGGCAGGGCGAGCGCCAACCGGACAAGAUGGCUGCCGUGUUCGACAAAAUGGCCGACAUGAGCGUCAGCGACGACGAGCCCAAAGUGAGUACAAGUGUGCGUCAGCAGCUCAAGCGGCAGGGCAAGUGCCAACCGGACAAGAUGGCUGCCGUGCUCGACAAAAUGGCCGACAUGAGCGUCAGCGACGACAAGCCCAAAGCAUUACAACGCACGGUGCCGGUUCAAGUGAACGUGCCGCCCGCCUUGAAAGCCGAGGGAAAAGUCAACCCCAACGCUAUGGAACAGAUUCGAUUACAGCAACUAAAACAACAACAACAACAGGCCGCGUUCCAACAGCGACCACAGCAGCAGCAGAUCCAGCGUCAGCAGCAGCUGCAGCAACAGGUACUGUAACAACAACAACAACAACAACAAGCCGCGUUCCAACAGCGACCAGUCCCACAACCCGCGCCCGCUCAAAAGAAACCAGAACCGAUCUACGACUUGCCCAUACACAACAAGCCCACGCUCACACCGCAGCAGCAGCAGCAGAUCCAGCGUCAGCAGCAGCUGCAGCAACAGCGACCAGUCCCGCAACCCGCGCCCGCCCAAAAGAAACCAGAACCGAUCUACGACUUGCCCAUACACAACAAGCCCACGCUCACACCGCAGCAGCAGCAGCAGAUCCAGCGUCAGCAGCAGCUGCAGCAACAGCGACCAGUCCCGCAACCCGCGCCCGCCCAAAAGAAACCAGAACCGAUCUACGACUUGCCCAUACACAACAAGCCCACGCUCACACCGCAGCAGCAGCAGCAGAUCCAGCAACAACAACAACAGGCCGCGUUCCAACAGCGACCAGUCCCACAACCCGCACCCGCCCAAAAGAAACCAGAACCGAUCUACGAUUUGCCCAUACACAACAAGCCCACGGUCACACCGCAGCAGCAACAGCAGAUCCAGCGUCAGCAGCAGCUGCAGCAACAGCUACAACAGCAGCGUCAGAGUAGACCGGCGGCGCAGCAGGUUUCUCUCUCUAGCAGGGAUACCAGCGUGUUUUCCACGUCUAGCGGGUGCUCGGGGAUGACGUCGCACAGCGGCGGCGGCUGCUGGCGCGGCGCGCAGCAGGACCCGCGCGACCUGGACGCGCUGCUGCAGUACAUCGAGGGCCCGGCGCGCCACGUCGACCGCGGCAAGAAGCGCGCCAAGAAGCAGCGCCAGAAGGGCAAGCGGGUAUGUGGUGAACGUUGUAGGAUGACGUCGCACAGCGGCGGCGGCUGCUGGCGCGGCGCGCAGCAGGACCCGCGCGACCUGGACGCGCUGCUGCAGUACAUCGAGGGCCCGGCGCGCCACGUCGACCGCGGCAAGAAGCGCGCCAAGAAGCAGCGCCAGAAGGGCAAGCGGGUAUGUGGUGAACGUUGUAGGAUGACGUCGCACAGCGGCGGCGGCUGCUGGCGCGGCGCGCAGCAGGACCCGCGCGACCUGGACGCGCUGCUGCAGUACAUCGAGGGCCCGGCGCGCCACGUCGACCGCGGCAAGAAGCGCGCCAAGAAGCAGCGCCAGAAGGGCAAGCGGGUAUGUGGUGAACGUUGUAGGAUGACGUCGCACAGCGGCGGCGGCUGCUGGCGCGGCGCGCAGCAGGACCCGCGCGACCUGGACGCGCUGCUGCAGUACAUCGAGGGCCCGGCGCGCCACGUCGACCGCGGCAAGAAGCGCGCCAAGAAGCAGCGCCAGAAGGGCAAGCGGGUAUGUGGUGAACGUUGUAGGAUGACGUCGCACAGCGGCGGCGGCUGCUGGCGCGGCGCGCAGCAGGACCCGCGCGACCUGGACGCGCUGCUGCAGUACAUCGAGGGCCCGGCGCGCCACGUCGACCGCGGCAAGAAGCGCGCCAAGAAGCAGCGCCAGAAGGGCAAGCGGGUAUGUGGUGAACGUUGUAGGAUGACGUCGCACAGCGGCGGCGGCUGCUGGCGCGGCGCGCAGCAGGACCCGCGCGACCUGGACGCGCUGCUGCAGUACAUCGAGGGCCCGGCGCGCCACGUCGACCGCGGCAAGAAGCGCGCCAAGAAGCAGCGCCAGAAGGGCAAGCGGAUGGAGGCCCGACUGUUAGAAGUACAUACGCAGCUGGCCACACAGCUCAACCGCAUGCGACUAGAAUUACGAGCGAUACAAGCACGACACAUGGCGACCGCGCGCCAGGCCGAGGAGGCCAAGGCGCAGUUCAAACAGACGCAGGCCAAGAAGAAAGGAAAGAAACAGAAAAUGAAUCCAGCACAGCAAGCCAAAACGCAGCUGAUAGCUGAGAAACUAGGGGAACUCAAUACUCUAUUGAAUGCGACAGCCAAGGAGGUAGCGGAAGCGGAGCGGCAGGUGUCCCUGUUCGCUGCCCGCUUCGAGGAGUGCGAGCGGCAGCUGGCACUGGCGCGCGCGCUGCAGGGCGACGCGCCGCGCCCGCCGCCCGCCCCCGCCGCCGCCGCCCCCGCCCCGCACCGGCACGUGAGUACACUGUUCGCUGCUCGCUGCGAGGAGUGCGAGCGGCAGCUGGCACUGGCGCGCGCGCUGCAGGGCGACGAGUGCGAGCGGCAGCUGGCACUGGCGCGCGGGCUGCAGGGCGACGCGCCGCGCCCGCCGCCCGCCCCCGCCGCCCCCGCCCCCGCCCCGCACCGGCACGUGAGUACACUGUUCGCUGCUCGCUGCGAGGAGUGCGAGCGGCAGCUGGCACUGGCGCGCGCGCUGCAGGGCGACGAGUGCGAGCGGCAGCUGGCACUGGCGCGCGCGCUGCAGGGCGACGCGCCGCGCCCGCCGCCCGCCCCCGCCGCCGCCGCCCCCGCCCCGCACCGGCACCUGGAAGCGGCGAUGCUGCACAAACAGCAGAUGCAGCAGCAACAGCAGCAGCUCCAGCAGCAGCAGCUGCAGCAGCAGUUCGCGGCCGCGCACCUGCUGGUCAGCGACAAGAUGGACCGCCAGAAACAGAAGGCGUUUAUCAACGCGGCCGGCGUGCGUCGUCCGAUGCCGGACGCGAGUCAGCAGCUACAUAACGCCGUCCGACACAUCACCGUGAUGCACGCACAACCGCCGCCGCCGCCGCCGGCCGAGCCGCCGCGCAAGCAGACGUGGGAGCAGGCGCUCGCGCACAUCAACCAGCUCGCCAGGGGCUCCGGCAAGGACAAGAAGAAACAAAAAGAAGCAGAAAAGCCAAAAGCAGUGGAGGUGAAACAGAAGGAGCCGCAGCGGUCUCAGUCGCUGCCCGACAGCCAGCCGCUUUCCAAGAAACAGAGGAAACUGCUCGCCAAGCAACAGGCUGAAGAAGAGGAGCGAAAGAGACAGCAGCAGCUCCAGAAGCAAGAAGCUAAGAGUAAAAAGGACAAAGACAAGAAAUCUGAGCCGCCCAAACCUGAGCCUAAGAAGGCAGACAAGAAGGACGCCAAGAAACAGGAGCCGGUCAAGAAGGAAGAUAAGAAAGAUAAGAAGAAAGAUAAAGGGAAGGAGAAUAAACCGGAGAAAGCUGCACCACUAUCAGCACCAACUGCUAAACAGACGAAACAGAGCAAGAAAGAGAAGAAGGAACAGAAGGCGCAGGUCAUCAACAUCACCGCCGACACCACCAUCGAGGUGGUCGGCAAAAAGGGCUCUUGCGGCGUGGAGUCGGAGACUGCAUCAGCGUCCUGCAGCAUCAUGGAGCAGCUCAGCUGCGGCGUGCAGGUGUCUGAUUUACGGCUCCCACCCGGAAUUACGCUGACGAGGGUACAACCUAAUGAGAAGAAGGAACCCGCUCCCAUCAAGUCCGUGCCGCUGUGGAAGGCGCACGCGCUGGGCGCGGCGCCCACGCCGGUGGCGCGGCCGGCGCCCGUCAUCACCGCCGACCCCGCCGCCAUGAUGUUCUCCGCCGCGCACCCAGAGCAACCAAAAACUAUAAUAAUACCCGAGCCAACGCCCCAGCCGGGGCGCUCCAAAAAGGCAAAGAAGAAGGCCAAGAAGGCCGCCGCGGCCGCCGCCGAGGCCGAGCCCAAGGUCGACGGCACCAAGAUGGUCACCCUCCGCAACCCCAUGUUCCACCCCAACAUGCCCGCCGUCGCCAACCCCGUCAAGAAACCGGAGAUACGGAUCCCCGACCCCAUCCCCAUGCCGCCCAACGCUUGCCAGGCCACCAUCACCCCCACAUCCAACGGGAUGUACACCAUCAGAAACCCACUAAUGUCCAUGAUGCACCAACAAAGCUUAAUGGGCCAACAAGCCGUGCCGAUGUACGGACAACAAUAUAAUUAUGUCAAUCCCAACACGUAUACACCUGUACAGACCGUACCUAACCCGCAAGCGUACGUUCUAGAUCCAUCUAGAAAUUCACCGAAACAAGAUGAAUUCCAGAAUAGAAUCAUGAACUUAGCGUCAUUUACACAGAAAAACGAUGAAGGUUAUUCUCUGUUCAAAACGAAUGAAGACAACCAGCAGAAAAACUUCCUAACACCGGAGUACUAUGUAGAAAACCCGAGUCCAAAGCCGGUCGUAUCACCAAACCCUAUAGGAACUAGACCGAACAAUGACUCAAACCGAUCUUUCGACUCAAACGACUCAUCACUAUUCACAAACACAGUCAGACCAGAGCCUAUAGGCACGCAUAUAAAGCAAGAAAACGACUAUGCAGGCCUGUACACCCCAUUCGGUCAAGAAGACCGCAACGUGUUCAGAAACGCCCUGUUCAGUGAUAAGAACGUGCCUAGUUACGGCAGUUAUGAUGAUGUGACUAAUCAUAUGGUGAACGGGGACCCUCUGCCGUACUUCCAGAGGUUGAGGGUCGGCUCCAAGCUGAAUAACGAAGUGACGAUACAUCAUGUUACAGAGUCCAAGUUUUAUAAAGGACAGGAGGGUUGCGGCGCCGAGGCUCGCGACGAGUCGCUGUUCUCGCGGCCCGCGUGGCCCAGCGUGUACCCCAGACCACAGCCCGUGGGCGUGUCGUCGCCGAGCUCGCUGUCGGGCUCGGGCGCCGGCUCGGGCUCGGGCGGCGGCUCCCCGCCCGACGACGACGCGCGCUUCGGGCCCGUGCAGCGGCCCGCGCAGCCCCACGCGCACGCACACCCCCACACCCACCCGCAGUCCAGACCCGUUUAACUGACACCGAAUCCCACCAAAACCAAGCCACAAAACGACGAGCACAAAACAAAAUCCAAAAUCUUCCAAACUACCCGAUAUUUAAAAAGUAUAGCUUAUCUAUGAUGUAAUUAAAUAAUCAUGAAGAGAUUAUAGUGUAAAAACACUCAAAUGUACGAUUUACACCAAAUGGCUAAAGAUGAACCAUUACUUAAUCAUUUUGAACUUCAUUUCAAAGUGGUAGGGUGAAAUUUCGCCUAAUUUCUAACAGCUCAAAGCAUCAACUUUCAUAUCUAAAGUCUAUCAAACCCAAAGAGAAUUUAUAAUAGAGAUUUAACUUGACUGAUAUGUGAUUUUCUUUCAAUGUUAAAUUGGCGCCAUCUUCUAGAGCAUAGGCCAAAGGUACAGCGCUAUCGCUCGAAAAAAUGCCGCCAUACCUUUAUGCUCUAGUAGAAGAAUCAGUAAAAGAAUAAGGAUCAAAGUCAAAUGUCGUUCUAAAAGUUUUAAUCAUGUGUCGAAAGAUGGCAGUAAAUUCACUGUGACUACAAGGUUUACUGACAAUCCACCUCUAUUUCAAAAUCUCUUUGAUCUAGCCUUAUACACUCAACACGCACAAACACAGUCUUUCGUUUGUGUGGGUUGCGUCUACAAGGUUACUUAGCGCUUGCACCAUCCCACUAACCCGGGAUUAACCGGUUAAACCAUUAACCCAGUGUCAAAUUGUACCGGUAACCAUGGUUUAACCGGUUAACCCCGGGUUAAUGAUUGGUGCAAGUGGCCCUUAAAGAUGGCAAUAGUCCAAGUGUUAAAGGUUCAUCUCUACUGUUACGGCUGCUAUUUUAUUAUGGAAUGUAACUACUGUAUAGAUCGUGCCAUUCACAAAGACGCGCCUCGACUCGUAUUGCCAUGUUAUUAAAGGUUAGAUUCGACAAAUCUGCGCGUGAUCGUGUUUGACACGAACUAUAUGGAUGCUUUAAAUUGCUGACUCUCGUAAGACUCGACCCAAUCAUAAGCGUUUGGUGUAAACACAUUGCGUAGAUAUUUUGGACAUCUAAACGAAAACCUAAAUUAUUAAUUGUGCAAACGAUUGACAUGAAAACUUAACUUUAUUUAAUGAUUGUGACAUGAAUAUUUAUUUUGAAUUUAUUUUAUUAUAUUGGAUAUGACAUUUUAAUAUCACAAGCGCUUAAUGCGAGAUACCAUCGUUACCACUGUUAACUCACAAUUCAUGAACCUUAUUGAAAACACAAGGUCUGAAUGGUCAGUUAAAAUACUGUGUUCUACAAUACUUUAACCCGUCGACUGCCACAAUCUAAAAAAAAUACAUCAUUCAAUUGACGUAUUUGGGUGAAUUGCAAAAAAAUGGACAUAGGGAGCUGUAAUGUAAUUAGUCUUUAAGGUAAUUGGGUUACGACAAUUAAGCGAUCUUUAAGGUAAUUGUGUUACGACAAUUAAAGCAUGUUGACGUUUGCUAUAUACUCAUGUGUGUAAAGUACAGUCAGCGUCAAAUACUUCGUAGCAGUCAAAGUGGCCAAAUAGUUCGGUACACCAUACUAAAUAUAUGGUGUACCGAACUAUUUGGCUACUUUGACUGCUACGAAGUAUUUGACGCUGACUGUACAACAACUACAAUAAAAUUUACAUGGUUAAUAGUCAGUACACAAUGGAAGACUAAUUACAGGUCCUUAACUACAUACUUACAAUUCACCCAUUGACGGCAACACUUGAUUUUAUGAGGUGUAGUACCGUGGCGUCUAGACAUGAUACCGUGGCUGUAAAAGGGUUAUAAAAGUGCUGACAAAACUUACGGCGAGUUACACCACAAAGUAGUAGGUGAGGAGAGGCCCUUAGCGCCACUUGCACCAUCCCACUAACUCGGGGUUAACCGGUUAAACCACUGACCCGUGGUUAACCCGUAGCUAACCGGUUAAGUCGCUAUCCCGGGGUUAACCAGUUAAAAUGUUAACCAAGUAUCAAAUUGUACUGGUAACUAUAAAUUUAACCGGUUAACCCCGGGUUAGUGUGAAAUAUCUGAAGAUUCGAAUUGUUGUGCCUUAUAACACGAAUGCAUCAUUUGAUAUUACGUUUACAACGAUGUUCUAUGUUCGCGAUAUAUUGAUGUUGUUCGUCGACAGCGCAUAGCCUAGACUAAUAUUAUAUUUCAACGUAACAGCAUAAAGUGUAAGCCAAGUAAAGGUUUAAAACCAACCAUGCAUAUUGACCGCCGGGACUGUUUUAAUUAACACGCAAUAGUCUACUUUAUUAAAAUGCCUUAAGGUUCAUUUUAUACUGUAAAACAUAGGUUACAGUGCUAAAUAUGUCGUUGGAGGUCAAAUGGUUGAAUGCCAUAAAACUUUUUGGUCUCGAUGAACGUAUAGCUUUCUAGAAAUGUUUAACACACGGGACAACUCUUUCAACCCUGAUUUAAGACUAGUGUAACAAAACUUCUACCAGUGAUAUGCUCGUACAUAUUUGUCCACGUGAUAGCGUGAUAAACACUGCGCCCGUCUUUUUAUCGUUUGGUGUUAAAAUGUGACACUUAUUUUAUCACGUGUAUAAAAUUAUCUGGCACUUUUGUCAUCUAUCGUGUCAUACUUUUCAAAUAUAUUUCGAUUAUUCAUUAUGUUGAUUUGUAAAUGAAUAAUCCAAUAUGUCCAUGUCAAAGAAACACGACAAUCAAUGUUAUCUCACCUAAACCUCGAGGACUUGACGCAUAGAAUAUAUUGCAUGGUGCGUAAUCAUAAUUCCGCUCGAUUAUAGAUUAGCAAUAAAGGCAAUUUAUAAGUCUGAUUUGUAAAUUUUACAGACCGAUAACACUUAGAGCUGCAUUUAAAACACCUUAAAAUAUAAAUGCUUAUUUGGCAUAGCCCUAAAAUUUUAUUUUAUUUUUUUAUUUUAUUCGUUUAAAUUACAUUUGCAACUUACAGCUAACACCAUAGCGUCACAAACUCAGUCACUAUAUAUAAUAAAAUAAAAUAAUAUUCAAAGAAAAUAUUCAAGUCUAGAAGCCUUUGAAGGCCAGACGGCGUAGGAAUAUGCCCUGCCCCGGACGCCAGGCGAUCGUGAUUAUUUAAGCGAAAUUGAACUUUACGGAGUCCCUCGUAAGUCCCUAUUGCAUUGGCGAAGCUGGUGUCCUUGGCAAGACCCCGAUGACGGCCACAGCCAAAUAUGGUGGUCAAAAGGUUAAUCCGUAUCCCUUUGGAUGAUAAGAACGGUUUAAAAAACUAAUUGAUAUUCCGAGGAUUUGAAUCGCAAUUUCACUUUCUCUAUUUCUGUCAGUCACCAUUUAUUUGCUAAAAUACAGUCCGGUGGAUCUUAAAUACAUUUUUACGAACAGUGUAUUCAGCCUGCUAUUGGGCAUCUGUUCAUCAUAUUCUGUUAAUUAAACAUAGCCUUGAAAAGGUGUGUACAGUCAAGGUAUUAAAUAUCGAUACAGACAGAUUGCCAAAAAUAUGUACACACUACCUUAAUGUAUGGGCUAUAAGGGCGUGUAUACAUAUUUUAGGGACUUUGUCCGUAUCGAUAUUUAAUACCUUGACUGUACAGAUUUUUAAAGGGUCGGCAACGUGCAUGUGGCGUUGCCGAGUUGCGGGCGUUCGUAGGCUACAAUAUCCGCAUACCAGCCAGGCUGUACGCUUGUUUACCACCGUGGUAUAAAAUUGGCAGCUCUAAGUGUUAUCCCUGUACCGGGCCUUCGGCCCUCGACCCCGAUGCUGACGUAUGACGAAGUUUGUAUGGAACUAAAUAAGAGUAUUAUAGCCGACCGCAGGUUGUAUGUAAACGAUAAGUGAAAUGUAUAUUAUAGAUGAA